AUGGCUACCCCUAGUGUCCUGGCUUUUGACGCUGAGGGUCGCGCCAUUGACUUUGAGGUCUGGGUAGACGACCUGCAGUUGUUUUUACAGUGCGAUAGGGCAGACGGCCUCUCUCUCUUUGACCUUACCUCUGGCGCCUCUCCAGCUCCUGCUGCCGAUGCUGAUCCCACUGUGCGCUCUCAGUGGGCCACCCGCGAUGCUGCUGCACGUCUUGCUGUGCGUCGCCACCUCCCUACCUCUGAGCGCGCGCACUUGGGUCAGUACAAGAGUGCUCAGACCUUGUACGAAGCUGUAGUUGCGCGCUACUCCUCCCCUUCCACUGCUGCACUGAGCCGUCUCAUGCUUCCCUACCUCUUUCCUGACCUCUCUACCUUUCCCACUGUCGCUGACCUCAUUACGCACCUCCGCACUAGUGACACUCGCUACCGCGCCGCCCUUCCUGCUGAGGGUGCUCUCCUUCCCCCUUGCUGCCCUCUGUUGCCUCUGCUGCUGCUGCCGACCUGCUUGGUCUUGAAUCGGUCGGCGCGGCGUCUGCCCCUAGUGGGAGACGUCGCUCUGGCAAGGGCAAGGGGGGCAAGGGCGCGGGUGGAGCUGGAGGGGGCGGUGGCGGUGGCGGCGGAGGCGGCGGAGGGAGUGGGGGGUGGCGGCGGGAGUAGUGGCGGGGGUGGUGGUGGUGGUGGCAGCAGCGGCGGAGGCGGCGGUGGUGGUGGCAGCGGUGGUGGUGGUGGCAGCGGCGGAGGUGGAGGCGGCGGAGGAGGCAGCGGAGGAGGCGGUGGUGGUGGAGGAGGUGGAGCUGGUCGGGGUGGUACCCAGCAGCGGAGCGGCGGUGGUGGUGGCCAGCGCUCGCAGAAGCAGCAGCAGCAGCAGCGUUCGCGGGACAUCCCUCCGCCUCAGCAGCUUCGUGAGUGGUACACUCAGCGUCAGAGGGGUGGGGGUACUGGUCCUUGCACCUACGUCCUUCGUUCCGGCGACCGCGCGGGUGAGCAGUGUGGGGGUGACCACCCCACCCAGCGCUGCUUUGGCCGCCUGACGGACGCUUGGCGUCAGCAGUUCCCCGGGGCUAGUGAGAUCCCUCGCUGGGAUGAGCUUCUUAGGGCUGGUGUAGCGAUCUUUGAUCUUGAUUUUGAUGCUAUCCUUGCUACUAUGUAUGCUGUGACUAUUACUGAGGAGACUGAGGGUUACCGGUGUUUCCAGCCCGACCCAGGCAUUGGUACUGCUGCGCUAGGUGCUUGUGAUGCUGCUGCUCUAGGUGCCAGUGCGUCUGCGCUCUCAGGUACUGGUGAGACUGCGCCCUCAGUUACUGCGUCGCCCUCGUCCUCCCUUACUUUCACACUUGACUCUGGGGCUUCUUGCUCCUUCUUUCGAGACCGCACCACCCUUACGCCGCUUGGCCGGCCGGUUGCCGUCUCCCUGGCUGACCCCUCUGGGGGUCCUGUCCUGUCUCACUUCUCCACUGUCCUCCCGUGUCCGGCUGCCCCUUCGGGCACCCUGUCUGGUCUGUACCUUCCCUCGUUCUCUACGAACUUGGUGAGUGGCGCGGACCUGCAGGAUGUGGGGGUUCACCAGUUCACUCCUGCGAGUCAGCGGGUGACCCACUGCACGGAGGCACGCACAGGCCGACACCUGGCCACGUUCUCGCGUCGGCCGGGGUCGAGUCUCUACACCCUGACCGUUGAGUCUCCUCCUGUCCCUGCGUCUGGUCAGGUGGUGCUGUCACUGAGGUGCUGA